CCGGAAGUCCCUCCCCUUCCUGCUCUCGACUGAAGUUCGUUCGCCCGACGGAGCUCUUCAGCCCCGCUGAACUUUUUAGCGUCUGUUUAAGCAAAAAUGAGCGAUAAAGGCCUAUCAGACGAGGCGGUGACUGCAGCCUGCAAAGAUGGAAACCCUAUAACUAAGGAUUUCAUGAUGCAGCAAACGAUGCUGAGGGUGAAAGAUCCGGUGAAAUCUUUGGAUUUUUACACCAGAAUUCUUGGCAUGACACUCCUGCAGAAAUUUGACUUCCCCUCCAUGCGGUUUUCUCUCUUCUUCUUGGGUUAUGAGGAUAAGAAGGAGAUCCCUACAGAUGUGAAGGAAAAGACGGCCUGGACCUUCUCCAGGAGAGCCACCAUCGAGCUGACGCAUAACUGGGGGUCAGAAAAUGAAGAGCAGCCGUAUCACAAUGGAAACUCUGAUCCCCGAGGGUUUGGACACAUUGGAAUUGCAGUUCCUGAUGUUUAUGCAGCCUGCAAACUUUUUGAAGAUCAAGGAGUCACAUUUGUGAAAAAGCCAGAUGAUGGUAAAAUGAAAGGCUUGGCCUUCAUUCAGGACCCUGACGGUUACUGGAUCGAGAUCCUCAGUCCCAACAACAUGGUGUCCAUCACUUCAUAAGCAGCUGACGGGGGGCCGGGGGUCUGCGGCUCGUCGGGGAGCGCGUCAGGAAACGCACAUUAACCUCCACAGUGACAUUCGGUGCGCCGCACAGGAAGCUCAGCGGACUCUCACCGCGCUUUUUCUGUAAACCCGUGGACCUGGUCUAAGGUGGUGCCGAGGCAAAGAGGCGGAUGUUCAAUAAACGUUCAAGCUACA